AUGGCAUCUUCGCCACCAGUAUCGCCUAGCCCGUACCAGCGCCCGGCCAGCGCCAUCGCCAGACCUGCUAACCGCACCAGUAGCCGCCUGAGUAUGAAUGGUAGCAGGAUCGUUACUGGCGGUAGCAGAGCCUCGGAUGAGGAUAGUCGCACGGCCGUUAAAGUCGCCGUGCGCGUCCGUCCCCCCCUGAAGAGUACCGAUCCUGGCUACGAGCUCAUCCCACAACGUUUCCAACGAUCGAUGGUCCAGACCACGUCCAACACCAGCUUGGCUAUCGACUCACCCCAGGGACGGAAACUCUUCGUUUUCGACCGCGUGUUCGGAUCCGACGUUACACAAGAAGGCAUCUGGGACUACCUCAGUGACUCUGUACAAGCAUUCACCCAGGGGUACAAUGUCUCGCUGCUGGCUUACGGCCAGUCGGGUGCUGGUAAAUCUUACACGAUGGGUACCUCCGGCCCCGGUGAGCAACAUGAUGAGGAUAUCAUGGGCGUCAUCCCUCGUGCUGCCCGCGCCUUGUUCGAGGUGCUCGAGGUUCCCACUGUCACAUCUCCCAACAAGACCUCGAACCGCAACUCCCUAUCGCAGCUCAAGACCCCACGUGCAUUCAACCAGCAUACCAUGCUCGGUGACCGUAACUGGUCUCUCAAGGCUACAUACGUCGAGAUUUACAACGAGCAUCUGCGCGAUCUCCUGGUUGCCGAGUCCACCCCGGUGGGUGAGCGCGGAGCUGUUGCCAUCCGUGAGGACACCAAAGGCAACAUCAUCCUCACCGGCCUUCAGCAAGUUGAAAUCAAUUCGGUUGAGGACUUGAUGGGUGCCCUCAACUUUGGCUCCGCCAUUCGCCAAACAGACGCCACAGCUAUCAACGCAAAGUCAUCACGCUCUCACGCCGUCUUCUCCCUCAACCUCGUACGACGCCGAAAGACGUCGACUGCCGAGAAGCGCUUCUCUGUGCCUCUUGAGACCCUUUCUGGCAGCGACGUUCCUAGCACUACAGACAGCAAACUCCACUUCGUUGACUUGGCUGGCAGUGAGCGCCUGAAAAAUACGGGUGCUCACGGCGACAGGGCCAAGGAGGGUAUCUCCAUCAACGCCGGCCUCGCGUCGCUUGGCAAGGUCAUCAGCCAACUCUCGUCUCGCCAGCCUGGGUCACACGUGUCGUACCGUGACUCUAAACUCACCCGUCUGCUCCAGGACUCUCUCGGUGGCAACGCCAUCACCUACAUGAUUGCUUGCGUUACCCCUGCCGAGUUCCAUCUGAGCGAGACGUUAAACACGGUACAAUACGCCCAGCGUGCCCGCGCCAUCCAGUCCAAGCCCCGCAUUCAGGAGGUUGAGGAGGGUGACAAACAGGCCGUGAUCGACCGCCUCAAGGCUGAGGUUGCCUUUCUCCGCGAGCAGGUCAGCAACAGUAACAGCAACAGGCAACCCAGCCCCCGCCGGGGUGCAGCCGGCCCUGCCGACAAGCCAGAUCGUCACAGUGAACGCGAAUCUGAGCUGCAGAACCAACUCCUUGACGCUCAGGAGAAUUAUACCGCCUUGGGCCAGCGUCAUGCAAAGCUUAUUGCCGAGCUUGCUAAGGCCCGUGAGAAUGAGUUGGCUGCUGAAAACGCCCAGGCCGACGACGCUGGUGACAGCGCCACUGAUCGCCUCAACCGCUCCAACUCGUUUGCACAGGCUGUCGAGCAGGUUGUCCUCGAGUACGAGAAGACGAUCCAGUCACUGGAACAGUCCUUGUCGAGCACGCGCAGCAUCCUUUCCAACACAGAGGCCAGCCUCCUGGAGAAGGAGACCAGGUGUGCCUACGCCGAAACCAUCAGCAACCAGUUACAGGCGCGCCUCCAGAAAGUCAUGGACCGCGAGGCCAGCACUGAGAACUACCUUCACGACCUCGAGGCCAAGCUGGACGGCCACACCAGUGGCGAAGAGAAAAAUGCUACCAUUAUUAUGGAGCUCCGGAAGGAGAUCUCGCGCAUCCGAGAGAAUGAAUCUUCGUGUGAGGAGUACAUAUCGACAUUGGAGGAGCGCCUCGCCGAAGCUGACCAGGAUUCUGAGCUCAUGCAACGCGAGAUCGACCGUCUCGAGCAAGUGGUUGAGCGCCAACGCAGCCUCGGAAAGCUCGACACCCUUCUUCAUGAGCUCGACGAGGUCAAGGAGGCCAGACAGCCCGAGCCCGAUACGCGAGAGGCCGCUAUUAACGGAACGGGUCGCCGGCGUGGCGGCAGCACCGCCGGUCACUCGCGAGCGCAGUCGCAUGUUAGCCGCCACAGCCAGAUCGAGGAGCCCAUUCCUGAGGGCGACGAGGAUGCUGACUUCCCCAACGACGCCGAGCCCAAGAUCACCACAGUCAAGGAGGAGGAAUCGGAGGAGAGGCGUGGCGAGAGUCUGGUGUCGGAGACCGCCAAGCUGAACCGCCGUGAUUCUGCCCAGUCUCGUUUCGUCUACGACAAGUUGGAAAAUGUUACCCAGGAGCUUAUCGACCUGCGUGUUGACCACGAGGCGACUGUCAACCAGUACGACCUGCUCCACUCCAAGUACGAGGAGGCCAUGGCCAAGGUUGCCGAGCUGCAAGAUGCCAUUGAUGAGUCCCGCCACAUGAAACAUAAUGUCCGGGACUCAGUCUUAUCCGACGCGGCUCCAGCUGAGCGUCCUGAAUCCUUCUUGUCGGAGAUGCAGGAGGGCGAUUCGAAGUUUGGAGUUCGGUCGUCUGUUUCGCGCUCACUCUCCUCGGAGCUAUCGUCGGCUAUGGAUUCCCCUGCUACCGUGGACACUUCCAACUGCGACGUCACCUCUGAGGAUGAGACGGCCACCACUAAACCUGGUGCCUCCACCGAGGAUUUGUCGCGGGCUCCUGCCUCGGCCACCCUGGGUGACAGCGACACAACCACAGGCGCAGACAAUAUGUGGAUCCACUCGGAGCUUCAGCGUCUGAAAGCUGCCGCUGAGGCAAAGGACGUUGCUGAGAAGGAGCUUGCCAGCAAGUACGCCGAACUAGAGCUCAGACACAACGCCACCCUCGACAUGGUCGAGGAACUGAAGACGGAGGUCUCCAAGGCCAAGGCCAACGAGGCCAGCUCCCCGCGCACCGCCAACCCCGUCAUCCGCCGCAAGUCGAGUCAGAACCUCCUCAUCGACCGCGCCCAUCGUUCGUUUGCGUCGCUGCGAAACAUCGCCAACGACAACUUUGGGGACGAGCCUGAGGUGAUGCGGAACUUUGAGAUCAACAUCAAUGCGGCCAUGCACGAGCUGCACUCUCGGAGCGAGCGUAUCCAGGAGCUCGAGGCCGACAUGGCCUCCGCCAAGAAGGAGAUGGAGACCAAGAUGACCAUAAUCUCAGGUCUCACGCGUGAACGCUCCAGCUUGAAGGCCAGCCCCAUGGACAUGUCCAUGGUGGCGAGUCUCCAGGACAGGCUUGAACAGAGCGAGAGGCGUCUGGAUUCAAUGCGGGAGGCGCACGAGGCGCCGAAGGCCAAGGUUACAGCGUCAGACCUGAACGCAGACAAGGAUCAAGCAACCAGAGAUGCCGAUGAGAAACAGCACAACCUCAUCAACUUCCUGCGCAAUGAGGUCGACGAGUACAAGGCCAUCAUCAAUAGCAAUGCCACCAAGGUCGCCGAGCUAGAGAGAGUCUACUCAAGUACCAAGGCUCAACUGGAUGAUGUCGCGAAAUCUCACUCUGCCACCAUGGCUGAGCUCGAGAAUGUCAACAAGGCCCUCGAUACUGCCACGCAGGAGUCAUCAGCCCGCCGUGAGCUGGUGUCCAAGCUCGAGGACCAAAUGGCGUCGCUUGAGCAGGAAGCCAAGACCCACCAUGAGAGCAUGGACGCGCUCAAGACCGCUCAUGCUUUAGAAUUGGCCGAACUCAGGACCCGUGAGCAGAAGGGCUACGAGGAGCAGGUCGAGGUUCUCAUGGGUGAGCACGCUGAUGCUAUCCAGAAGCUUGAGGAGGAACUCGCAGGUUCUAGGGAACAACUCUUGACCGUUGCCACAACGGUCGCCAACGCCCUAGGUAUCGAGGCCAGCACAGACAAGCUCAAUGAGAGGAUUGAUGCGCUGGCGGCCGACCAGAAGGCCCUUGCUGCCGAGCGCAAGAAGACUGGUGAGAUGGAGUCGCACGUCGCUGAACUCUCGACUAUCAAUGAAACCCUCAUGAAUGACCUGGAGGCUACCAAGAAGGCUCUUUCCGACAUGGUCCCCGACGGCGGCAACUCGCUUGCCGACCAGCUGUCUGCCGUCAAGACCAAGAUUUCCGACCUCGACAGCUUCAACAAGAAGAACAGCCGUCUUGUUGAGGAGCUCGAGGACCAGCUUCAGAAUAACUUUGACGAGGCCCAGAUGACCAACAACCGUCUGAGUUCGCUGCAGAGCGAGCGCAACUCGCAGAUUGAGGAGGCGUCGACGACGCGCAUGCGCAUGCAAGCCGAAUUGGAGACGAUUCGAGAGGAGUAUGCUUCGCUACAGGCCAGAUACAUCGAAGUUUCCGGCUCGGAUGUUACGCGAUCAAACUCCAACUCCACUGUCCGCAAGAGCGCCUCGCACACAUCGCUCCCCUCGCCGCCGCCGGCAAUUCCUCUACCGCCUCUGCCGAACGGCUCUUCUUCGCCGCCGCCACCUGUCAACGGUGUGCCUAGCUCGCCCACGAGCUCGAUGCGCCCUCUCAGCAAGGACAAUAUCAAUAUUUCUCAAAUAACUGAGGACCAGGAAGCGCGUAUUCGCACCAUUGAGAAGCACCUCUAUGCCGAGCGGCAACUAACGCAGACGCUGGAGGAGGCUCUCACGGAUCUAGAGAAGCAGUCCAACAAGGUCAAGGCGGACUGCGACGCGUGGAGGAAGAAGGCCUUGUCCCUAGAGAACGAGAUGAAGGAGCUUAGGAGUCAGAGCUCUCCCGAACCUCGGCAGGACAACCGCUGGAGUCUGCAGGCAGUCGAGGAGGAACGCAAGAAACGCCAGGCUGCCGAGGCGGCACGCAAGCAGCUCGAGGAGCGCAUGAAUGCCAUCAACAAGGGCAAAAAGAAGAAGGGAAGCCUAAACUGCUUCUAG